AUGCUGGAACUAAGGGGGUGGGUUCUGGCUGAUGGACAGACUAGUGCGAAUAGCCCUCAAGCGAUUUCGGCGGGAGGGGGUGGCGGGUCUGGGGGAACGAUCCUGAUGUUUCUCAACUCGUUUCAGGGGGAGCCGGGUUCCAUCAUUUCGAGCUCUGGGGGUUCUGGGGGGUCGAUUGGAGGAGGGGGCGGGGCCGGGGGGAGGGUCCACUUCGAGUGGGCGAAUAUAAAGGAGGGGGAUGCAUAUGUGCGGAAGGCGAACUCGAGCGGAGUGUUACGGAGCAUCGGCGGUCGCGGCAAUCACGACGGCGGGGACGGCGAGCCCGGGAGCUUGACUGCGCUGGACUGCCCCCCGGGGCUGUACGGGCUGUUUUGCGACGAGUGUCCGCUGGGGACUUACAAGAACGAGUUCGGAUACAACGAGUCGCUCUGCAAGCCGUGCCCACCGGAAGAUCUGCCCCACCACUCGCGCCACAUUGCCAAGAAAGGCGGCGUGACCUCCCGCCCGUGCCCGUACGAGUGCGUUGCCUCCAAGUACAGCCUCCCCCACUGCAACACGCCCAUCGAGGACCUCAUCUCCAGCUUCGGCGGGCCGCUCACCUUCAGCCUGCUGAAUGCCGCCGUUCUAGUUCUCAUGGCCGUCACACUGAGCGUGGCGCGCGUCCGCAUUGCUGGCACGUGGGAGGCGGACGACCCGCCCAGCCCCAAGACGCCCGACGCGAUGCACAUCAACCAGAGCCACCCCUUCCUGGAGUCGCUCAACGAGGUGAUGGAGAGCAACCGCGCGGAGGAGUCUGCGGGCCAUUUGCACCGUCUGUACUUCACGGGCAGCAACUCGUUCGGCGAGCCGUGGCGCUUGCCGCACCCGCCCCCGGAACAGAUCCUAGACCUGGUGUAUGAGGACGCAUACAACCGAUUCGUGGAGGCGGUUAAUGAGCGAGCGGGCUACCAAUGGUACGAGGGCAUGGUGUACAGUGCGCUGCUGGCGGUGUGCUGCCCUCUGGCGUGGAGCUGGCUGCAGUGGCGGCGGCAGGUGCGCGCGCAGGCGCUCCAUCAGUACGUCUCCAAGGAGUACGACCACGCGUGCCUGCGCUCCUGCCGCGCGCGCGCGCUCUACGAGGGGCUCAAGGUCCACUGGACGCCCGACCUGCUGUUGGGCUACAUCGACUUCUUUCUGGGGGGGGACGAGAAGCGCUCCGACCUGCCCCCCCGGCUGCCGGACCGGCUGCCGCUGGCGCUCAUCUUUGGCGGCGAGGGCGGCUAUAUGACGCCCUACCACCUGCAUUCAGACGACCUGCUUACCAGCCUACUCGGACAGAUGCUCCCCGCCUCCAUCUGGUACCGCAUGGUGGCCGGCUUAAACGCGCAGCUGCGCACGGUACGGCAGGGCUGCCUGCGGCGGGGGCUCGCGCCGCUGCUGGCCUGGAUCGGGACGCACGCCAACCCCUGGCUGCGAAUGCACGGCCUGCGGAUAGACCUCGCCUGGUUCCAGGCGACGUCUUCCGGCUACUACCAAUUGGGCGUCAUCCUUUCUUCAUCAGCCGAGCCCCCCUCCCCAGUUCUCGGCUCCUCCUCAAUCGCCUCCCCACCCCUUCCCACCAGCCCCGUAGCGAGCCCGCGCCACGCUCCCUCCGCGGCGCCCCCCCAUCUCGGGGGGGGGAUGUAUCACUACUCGUACUCUCUUGCGCGGCGGCGGAUAGGGGGGGGUAUCGUGGAUGGGGUCACGCUGCGCAGCUUGCAGGACCGGAAGACGCUGCUGUACCCGACGCAGUUCGUCAUGACGAAUCUCAAGCCGCUCGGGCACCAUGCUGCGGUGGGCCUGCUCAUGUCGAGCCUGCUCCUCUCCGACCUGUGCCUCAGCCUGCUGCUCCUCCUCCAGUUCUACAGCAUCAGCCUCACCGCCUUUCUCCUCGUCCUGCUGCUCCCCCCCUUCAUUGCUUUCUUUGCGGCUGCCGCGGGGCUGAACGCGCUCUUCACGCACGUGCCCCGCCGCGCCGCCAGCCUGGCGCGCUACUACAACCUCUGGAACGGGACCUCCAUGUGGAACGUGGUUGUUGCGGUCGUUUGCGGUGCUAUUGCCCACAGUCACCAGGGCUGGCCGUCCGUGACCUCCGGAACGAGUGACUCUGAAUAUGGGUGGUGGCUGUUCCCCCUCUUGCUCUUCCUUGUCAAGAUUCUCCAAGCACGCACUGUGGACUAUCACGUCGGGAACCUCGAGAUAGCCGAUAGGACGUUGUAUAGCGAAGACCCGACUAAUUUUUGGGAAGGGCCGUGACCGGCACGGUUGGGGGAAGUACUCCGUCGCUUACGCUUAGGCUAAUGAACCCUUACCUUGGUAGUAGAAGGCCAAAUUCUUCCAGAUUCUAAUUUGUCAAUAAUGAGGUUUCGAUCUGUUAAAACGUCCCACGUUCUGUAUGAUCUAGUGUUUUCAAAGCAAGAGAUAGAGACGAUCCGGGAAUUGAAAAUAUGAACACAGCCAUAUGCCAUAU